GGAAGGAUGGUUUUCUCCUCGCCACGGCAAUAUAGCUUCAUGCCCUCAUGUCCGAGGAAAGAACGGAGUUCUCUUUUUUUGGGUCGCCUCCCAGGAGAGAAAGGACCCUUUUCUGGGGGACACACGCGAAAGAAAACGCCAGAGAAAAAGCAAAACCCUUAUCCGUUCUCUUCUUCUCCACUCUCUCGGGUUGCCUUGCCUUGUGUGUCUGCUCGGUCGCCACCCCCCCCCCCAGCAGUCCGCGACUGAGAAAGAGUGCAACUCCUUCCGUUCUGCUUUGACCUCGACUUCCAGUCUUUCUCCAGUUUCGCGAGUCGAGACGAACAUCAACAAAAACGCCGGAGGGCAAAGCUGCUUGCCUUGUCCUGUGUGCUGCCGAAAAUCGCGAGAAAAGAAGGAAACUCUCCACGGCAUGUGUACUUCAGAAAGACACACAACGAAUUCUCGCCUGUCUCUUUCGACCCUGUAUUUAUGUGUGAAUGCAAGCCACUACUGAUUCAAUGCGAAGUCCCAUGUCCAGAUCGCUUGGGUCGUGUCUCCGUUGCUCUCCUGUGUUUUGAGGUGCGCUGGUGAAACACCGAGUCGCGUCGUCUCGUCCUUUGUGCUGCUCUCAGUUCUUGUCAUCUUGGCUUCGCUGGCGACUCCUCGACUUCGUGCUGUCUCUCCCUUGCUCUGCUUCGCUCCGCUCUGAGUCUCUGUCUCUGUUUACUCUGUUCGAGUUACGCAGUUCUGCUUCGCGGAGCCGCCAGGUCGUCCAAGGUACAGCAUCUGUGAGCGACUCUCCAGCCUCUGCUCAAGAUACAGGCUAGGCUUCCACUCUCUCUUUCCUUCCACCAAUCGCGUCUGUGGUUGCUCUUCCCCUCCCUCCUCGUCUUCUCCGCCCUCCGCCUCAACUUCGUGCUCUGCUUCUCUUCUGUGCUCUGCUUCUGGAGACCCCACACAUGUCUUCUCUUCUUGUGCGUACGUUCCGCUCUGGAUUUUCUCAGUUUCGUCCUUUUCGUUUGCGGCUCGCCUGUCUGCUCUUCCUUCGUCGCGCGGCAGGAUCAAGGCGCCGUUUUUCUGGAAGGCUUUCUCUUUAAAAGAGGCUCACGCGUUUCGUCUGAUGUCUCUGUGAGGCCUUUGCGCUCUCGCGGGGUGUUCCCUUGGAAGUCCAUUUCCUUCGAGCGUACGAAGCCCCGAGCAAGGCCCCGAGCCGAUGGCAGCGCAUGCAGUCUUGAGGCUGGGAGCGGGCGGCGGUUCCGCGUACGCUUAGUUGUCUAGACAGCUGAGGGCAGAGCGCGAAGUGUGCGCGGCUCUUUGAGGACUUACAGGAAAUGAUUGUCGUCGACGACGACUCGCCGCCUUCAGCGGCACCAGACCGAAAGGAGCAACGUUCUGCGAAGCGGCCGAGUCAGAAACGCGAGGAAGAGGAAGAAGAGUGGAUUUUACGCGGGGGGUCGAGAUGCCCCAUCUGCUUCCUUGCCCUCUCCAAAAAUGUCGCCGCCCUCAUGGGCUGUGGACACACUUUCCACCUUCUCUGCAUCGAAGAGUGGUUCAAGCAGCGAGGCGGGCGCUCGCAGAAGCCGACAUGUCCGUACUGUGCAAAGGAGUAUGCGUCCCGGCGUUACAUUCUCUCUCUGCAUUUCGAUCUUCCUGACCUUGCCGCUCGUGUCUCUUCUCUCUCCUCUUCCUCGAAUGCCGCUGACGAGAAUCCGGAGACCAGACUGCGCAGACUCGAGCUGGAGCUGAGGGAGGAACGGCGAGAGAAGGAGGCUGCGCGAGAAGAAGCGAUGGCUCACGCUGCAGCACUCGAGGCCCAUGAGGCGCGAGAAGAAGAACUCGUGCGCCAGCUUCGCGCUGAGGAAGAGCAGAGAGCGAAACUCGCUUCCCGUGUACAGACACUCGAGGAGGCGCGGCUUCGCGAGGAAGAAACUCGACAGAACGCAUGUCGCACGUACGAGGAGAAUCGCCGCGUGUUGGAAGAAAAGUACCACAAGCUCACCAAGAAAUGUCAAAGUCUUCAGUUUCUCGCAACAGUUGUAAAAGAAGACCGACUCGAAGGCGCGACCCUUCUCGACAAAAUUCGACGGCUCCCCGGCCUGACUUCCGAUGAGAAGCUCGCCCGUAUUAUGCCUCUUGUCGAGUUCCUCAAAAGGUCGAAGGCCGUGCGUACCGCGGAACUGAAGAAACUGAAAAAAGAAAACUUUCUUCUUCGGCGGAAGCUCAGCGCCUCGGCGCUUGCGGAGCUGCCUCGCGACGGCGCUCCAAGCGAGCGGAGACGCGAGGAGGCGAGUUCCUCUUUUACUAUCAACAGGCAAGAGAAAGACGGGGAAGCACGAGACAAAUGCGAUGCGUAUCCUCUGCCAUCUUCGUCUUCUUCCUCGUCCUCGUCUUCACCUUCUCCCUCCGCGUCUGCCUCUUCUUCUUCCUCUUCUUCCUCUUCUUCUUCAUUAUCGGUCGGUUCUUCUUCACUAGGUCCAGCACAAAGGUCGGAGAGGCAGAGCGAGGAAAGGCGAGAGAACGCACACGUUUCUGGUGCGUCUUCAAGGCCGCAGUUGCGUCUCUCGCGUGCGCCUGCGCUCCUCUCUCGCCGACUGCCCGGCGGCCGCGCCGAUUCGCGGACCUUUGCGGCAGCGAGUCUGGAAGCAAACGGGGGACAGAGGCCCUCUCUGAAGGACCCGGCAAAGCCGCAGGGGACCGACGGUAACGCAGGGGCUGCGGAUGCGCGCAAAGAAGACAGCGAAGCCGAGGGUGAGAACAAAAGAAUGGGAGAGAAGGCGGGGAUUGCGAAGAAGGGAGGAAAGCGAGAGAAGGAAACAGGCAUAUGUGAAGCAGAGGGAGGCGCGAGGCGGCGAGGAAGCGAAGCGCCUUCUGCAGCCAGGCAAGACGAGGCGAGAGAGUACAGGGAAAAGUCGAGAGGAAGAGAAAACGAGACAUGGGUUGUGGGGCGACGACACUGGGGAACCGAGGAGGCCGAAACCUCUUGGCGGAAGCGAAGACGAGAGGAAGUCGACGACGCUGGAGAAACCGGAUGCCUCUCUGUGAAAAGGCGAGUCUUUGGGGACAGGAGACAGUUCUUACCAGAGAACGAAAGCCGCGCCGGGGCCAGACCCGCGCAAGCGAGCAGACCGGCAUCUCUGCUCAUCCACCAAGUGGAAGACGAAGCCGAGGCAGAGAAGCCAGAAGAGGAAGGUUGGCGGGGUAGGAGACAACGGAGACAGCAGUUGAUGGAGCUCGAGGUGCAGGUCGUGCCUAGGGAUGCAGACGAAGAAGAGCUCGAGGGAGAAGAAGAAGAGACGCAACUUGACAGCGAGCUGGCGUCGCUAUUUGAAACUCCUGAGAGUCUGGAAAAAGGACGCGUACGCGUGUUCUGUUCGUCAUUCGACGCGCACCCAGUCGUCUCCGGGUCUCCUUCUGCAUCGAACGUCGUGGACAGAGACCGUCAUGUCUCCCCUGUCUCAUCCGCCUCGUCGUCCGGGCCUCUGGGGCCUUCUUCAUCUUCAAGCUGUUCCUUUGCCUCUUCGGCUCCGUCCCCCUCUGCGCCCUCGCCACUUCCGUUUGGAUCGAACUUCACUUCGGUCUCUUCUGUGUCGUGCUCGGCACCUAGUGCUCCCUUACAGACUACGUCGUUCCCCUGUGCAUCUUUGCCGCUGCCGCGCAACACGCAAACGUCUACGCAUGCGGCGUCUGAGCGCGACCCCCCUCGCGGCAACGAAGAGAUCGGAAGCCUGUCUUCUUGCGACCGUCGCCUGACCCCGGCGACAAGCAAGCAGACCAACAACAGCGUUCCUUCCUUCAUUGCGCACUUCCUGCUCUCUCCUUCGAGCGUCGAGAAACUGCGAUCCCGGGAGAGAGAGCUCCGUGACACAGAACACGAGUCCAGCGCGUUCUUCGAUCGAUGCCUAGACGGCUCCCUUCCGACCUCAGCUGUACAGACGCCUCAGCGGCCGCGUUCCAGGGACAACUCGCGAGGCGCCGGCUGGGAGGGAGGGAAUGCAGAAAAUUCGUCAGGUGUUCGUAUACCCGGAGAAAGCGGACAAGAGAGACGGACGGGUGCGGAAUCAGGCGUCGAGAAAACUGCCGCAUCAACGAGGGAGUCUCGCCUCGAGGAAGCUGUUAGUAGCGGUAGACACGAUGGAACAGAGAGAUCUAAAAGAGUGGACCCUGAAGAGCUGGACGUCGACGGCGACAGCUGCGAGAGUGACCGAGAAACAGUUCGAGAGAGCUCGGAUGCGUCGGACUGCAGCUCCAAUGAAAACCUGAAAAACGAGUUAACGCCUUCGACGUCUCUUCGUCGAGAUGAAAGAAGGAAAUGGGGGUCUCUCCAACCCUAUCGACCUGAGAGCUUGACUGCGGGAGUUCCUUGUAAGGGCGCGUUGGGCGGGCGAUCUCGACGCCGGCAUCUCGCGAAAGUGAACAGUCCAGGGUGUGGCGGACGGAGCUUGAGAGAGCAAGUGGUCUGCGAUAAGAAAAGUCACGACCCUCGGGGCGUAUGUACAGCUUGUCUGGCUAAACCUCCCUUUGGGCGCUCUAGACUGUUGAACGCGACCCGAAGCACUGGCGUAUUUGGUUCAUUUAUGAGAGGGAAAUUUCAAGUUCAAGGCGUUACGUUUGCGGGGAAGAACUCUGUCGAAAAACGGUUGUUAAAUUAAUGCCGACAACGUGUGACGUCUCGGGAUAACGUUCGUGUUCCUGCAGGACUAGACAGAACCUGUCUGGGAUUACAAGACUGAAGCAGAGUGAAAGAAUACUGGUAUGCCUAGAGACUGGGGUUCCUAACACAGAGGAGGACGAACUGCCGAGAAUCAAAAUAUGAAACCACGUGUGUAGCGACAGCAAGCUUCAGCGAAGUUAUGGGCCAUUCUCAGCAUCCGUCUAGAUUGUGAGUGCAUGUCGAUAAUCGUUUGCUUGCUGUAAUGCAACCAUAUGUACAGAAAGUACACGCGUGCAUUGUAGGUAGGUGUACCCUUGUCCUGGGGACCUUUCGCCGACCCUUGGGUACUCUAACGAGCAGAUGCCUACCUAUGUAUAUAUCUACCCAUAUAUACCAAACGUGUCUUGUGUGAUUUACACACUUAAAUAUAUGCGUCAAUAUAUAUACAUGCAGAUUCUAUUGUUCAAGUGAGUGGAUCUGGAGAAGGCAGCACUCCUCAGCGACGGGGCAGAGCGUCCGUCUGUCAAGCUGUUCAAUUACUCGAGCUUAUGCUUCAGGAUCACGUGUAGGAGUUCCUGUGCGACGUUUUAUAUUCGCGUUCAACGAAACAUUCUUGACGGUGGAAGUUUCUGUUCCUUCGUCCCUAUUUUCUAAACCACAUUUCGUAUUCAAGGUCUCUACACUGAAGCAUUUUGAAAUACGAGACGCACAAGUCGGUAGGUGCCUGUGCUGGCGUCCUCACUGGUGGGUGACACGAAGCAAGAAAUGCCGAUCUUCAGAGACGGAAAGCUGCUGCAAUUUCUAUCAGCAAAGGCGUCGCCGAACGCACAACGAAAACAGAUUUUUGUCCUCAUUUCGUUGCCGAAAAACGUCCUUCGGUGGCAGCCGAAAACCUGCACAGACCCUGAAAGAAGUCGUAUAUUCUGUUGCAUUGGUGGGCUGCAAAAGCUUACGCAUAAGGGAUAAAUGCAACAUUUUCACCGACGCCGAAUUCUUUAACUCAACCGGUAGAGUUCGUGAAAAAAGGACAAAAGCGACAAGCAAUUAUAUACAUAAAUGC